AUGAAGAAGGAACGCGAAAGAACGGGAGACACUUGUAGACCUUUUAAAUUAGCCCAUCAAAUUGUAAGUUUAACCGGCAUCAGUUUCGAACGAAAAAGUAUAAUCGGAUUCGUCGAAUUAACUGUUGUUCCUCUACGAGAUAACUUACGGAUAUUAAAGUUAAAUGCGAAACAAUGCAGGAUAUAUCGAGCUACACUAAACGAUUCCUACGAAGCUCAUUUUCAGUAUUUCGAUCCCUUUUUGGACGUGUGUCAAGCCGACACGGAUACAAGGAGUUUAGAAGCUUACUCCCAGCACCACCUAUCAGCCGCUCUACGAACGGAUCCCGAUAACAAUUCCGGAGAAUUAGUGGUCACGAUACCUCCGGAAGCUUCCCAUCUAGUGGCAGAAGGCACUGCAUUGAGAGUAGGGAUCGAAUUCUCUCUGGAGAAUCCCCAAGGGGGAAUACAUUUCGUCGUACCGCAGAAGGAGGGAACCUACGCGGAGAGAGGCGUCCAUUUGUUCACCUACGGCCACCAAAAUUCGUCGAGAUUGUGGUUCCCUUGCGUGGAUAGCUUCGCGGAAACGUGCACAUGGAAAUUGGAAUUUACAGUAGACGAAAAACUAACGGCCAUAUCGAACGGAGACCUCAUCGAGGUGGUUUUCACUCCGGAUAUGCGCAGGAAAACCUAUCACUAUACCCUGAACGUGCCUACGUGCGCCCCUAAUAUAUCGCUAGCCGUGGGGCCUUUCGAAAUCUACGUGGAUCCUUACAUGCACGAAGUCACCCACUUCUGCCUACCGAGUUUACUACCCUUAUUGAAAGUUACCACUAGAUAUAUGCACGAGGCUUUCGAAUUCUACGAGGAAACCCUGUCGAAUAGAUACCCAUAUUCUUGCUACAAACAAGUGUUUGUCGAUGAGACCCACGAAGAUUACAGAUCGUACGCUACGAUGAGCAUAUUAAGCGUGAAUUUGUUGCAUUCGGCUGUUAUUGUUGAUCAAGUGUAUACCACACGUAGAGUUAUGGCCCAAGCGAUAGCCGAGCAAUUUUUCGGUUGCUUUAUAUCCAUGCAAAACUGGUCGGAUAUGUGGUUAAACAAAGGUAUAAGUCAAUAUUUGUGCGGGUUGUACUGUAAAAAGAGCUUCGGAAACAACGAGUACAGGGAAUGGGUGCAAAGUACAUUGUUCGAUGUCGUUAAAUACGAAGAAGAGUUCGGAGGAAUCGUUUUAGAUCCUAGUCAACCUCCCGCCCCUUUACCAGUCGGUUCUUCGGUCGCGCAAAACACGCAAAAAACCAACGAAGAAAAAUUCUAUUUUUCCAUAAGAAAUCUACACACGAUGUCUCCCAUGUACAUCGAGGCCUCUUACAAGAAAGCGCUGUUGGUUUUGAGAAUGUUGGAACACAGAAUCGGAUUAGAAUUACUGCUACAGGUUUUCAACAAACAACUGUCUUUGGCGACGAACGCGGCUCAACAGAAAAUCGGCAGCGGCUUGUGGGGACACAUGUUAAUCAGCACAAACGUUUUCACUAAAGCCAUUUUCACCGUAACAGGCAAAGAUAUGGCGGUAUUUAUAGACCAAUGGGUCAGGACCGGCGGGCACGCCAAAUUCCAUCUAACAUCAGUAUUCAACAGAAAAAGAAAUACUAUUGAAUUGGAAAUCAGACAAGACGCGACCACUUCGUUGGGAAUCAGAAAGUACGUGGGACCCCUUCUGGUGACCCUGCAGGAAUUAGACGGCACGUUCAAGCACAAUUUACAAAUCGAAAAUACCGUUGUUAAAGCCGAUAUAACCUGUCAUUCGAAGAGCAGACGGAACAAGAAGAAAAAGAUUCCUCUGUGCACGGGCGAAGAGGUCGAUAUGGAUCUCAGCGCGAUGGACGAUUCUCCGGUGCUUUGGAUCCGUCUGGAUCCGGAGAUGACGCUGCUGCGAUCGGUCGUGAUAGAACAACCGGACUACCAAUGGCAGUACCAGCUGAGGCACGAACGCGACGUCACCGCUCAAAUCGAGGCGAUCCUGGCGCUGGAACGGUACCCGACGCCGCCCACCCGUCUCGCCCUCACCGAUACCAUCGAGAACGAGCAGUGCUAUUACAAAGUGCGCUGCAGGGCCGCCCAUUGCUUGACUAAGGUGGCGAACGCGAUGGUAGCGAAUUGGGCCGGUCCGCCCGCCAUGCUGGCCAUAUUCCGCAAGUUCUUCGGCUCCUUCGCCGCCCCGCACAUAAUACGCCAGAAUAAUUUCCAGAAUUUCCAGCACUACUAUCUGCAGAAAACGAUACCGCUGGCGAUGGCGGGGCUGAGGAAUUCGCACGGCAUUUGCCCGCCGGAGGUCGUCCGGUUUCUCUUAGAUCUCUUCAAAUACAACGACAAUUCGAAGAACCGGCAUUCGGAUAACUACUACAGGGCCUCGUUGGUCGAGGCCUUGGGCCAUACGGUUACGCCGGUGGUGUCCGUUGUGGCGCAGGGGACUCCCAUCACGGCGGAGAACCUCAGCGCCGAUACCAAGUUGAUUUUGGAGGAAAUCACCAGGCUGUUGAAUCUGGAGAAAGCCUUGCCCUGUUAUAAAUACACGGUCUCCGUGGCUUGCUUGAAAGCCAUCAGGAAAUUGCAAAAGUUCGGUCAUUUACCUAGCAGGCCGACGUUGUUUAAGAGUUAUUCGGCCUACGGGCAUUUCAUAGACGUGCGUUUGGCGGCCCUCGAAUGUCUGAUAGAUUUCGUCAAAAACGACGGGAAAUACGAAGAUUUACAAUUCGUCUUGGACAUAGUAGAAAACGAUCCCGAUCCGGGAUUAAAGCACAAACUAGCCGGUUUGUUGAUUAAAAACCCUCCGUUCAAACGAGCCCACAGAAGCAGAUUGGACGUGCCCGACCUCAUCGAACGUAUAUGGAUCGAUAUAAACUGUUUGUUAUCGCACGAUACGAGGCUCCGCUGCGACCUGGUGGACUUCUACUACGUCCUCUUCGGCACCAAACGGCCCGUUUGCCUGCCCAUCAACAUGGGCGACAUCCUGAAUCCCGUCAAGCAGGAGAAAACCAAGGACAAACCGAAGCUGCCGCCCAUACCGAAAAUCGCGCCGCCUCCCGUCGAUCGUUUCGAAACUCGAACACCCUCGCCCGCCCCCAAAGAUGCCGCCCCGCAAACCGUCAUCAUGGAACCCGUCGAUAUGGACAUUGAAGUAGUAGCCAGCGAUGAUAAAAUCAUCAAGGAGGAGGACCUGAUGGAGAUAAAGGUGGAAUCGCCGACGAUCGCGAAGCAGGAGUACUUCUCGGACAAUUCGGUGUCCCUGCCGGGCCUGGGCCAGAGCGGCCCCGUCGGCUUCGAGCCGGGGAUGUUCCGCGGCGAAGAGGAGCGCCGCAAGAGCGACUCGCCGGGCAAGGCGAAGAAGAAGAAAAAGGACAAGAAGAGGCACAAGCACAAGCAUAAGCACAAGCACGAGCACAGGCACAAGGAGAAGAGGGACGCGAAGGAUUCGAGCAAGGCGAAAUCGAAGGAGGACACGUUGAGCUCGAUGAGUUCGACGCCCAGUCCCAAUCCGUUGUCUUUGGGCGGGGCUGAGACUAUUUAG